AUGUCAAAGACUAAGAAAUGGGGAGUCCAUGAAAAGAAACCAACUGAUUCUAAAUGGUUUACUCAUAAUCAUUCAUAUGAGACAAAUCCAACAAAAAUUAAAAAAAAUGGGGCUGGUAAGAAUAAUUGGGGUAAACCUGGUGAUGAAAUCGAUGAAGAAGAUGAAGUUGAUUAUAAAUUAUAUAAUAAGAAAUCUCAAGGUAGAAGAAAUUCAAAUCAUGAUUUAAACCAAGCAAGAUUGAAUGAAGUUGAUUUAAAAACAAAUAAAAAUUUAAUGAUUUAA